AUGACUCAAGUCUUGGCGUGCUGGGGCUCCCUCAACUGGCCUCGCUCAACCGACCUCCCUCAACCGACCUCCCUCAACCGACCUCCCUCAACGGGGCUCCCUCAACUGGCCUCGCUCAACGGGGCUCCCUCAACCGACUUCCCUCAACGGGGCUCCCUCAACCGACCUCCCUCAACGGGGCUCGCUCAACUGGCCUCGCUCAACGGGGCUCCCUCAACCGACUUCCCUCAACGGGGCCCCCUCAACGGGGCCCCCUCAACGGGGCCCCCUCAACGGGGCUCGCUCAACGGGGCUCGCUCAACGGGGCUCCCUCAACUGGCCUCGCUCAACGGGGCUCCCUCAACCGACUUCCCUCAACGGGGCUCCCUCAACCGACCUCCCUCAACGGGGCCCCCUCAACGGGGCUCGCUCAACGGGGCUCGCUCAACGGGGCUCGCUCAACGGGGCUCGCUCAACGGGGCUCGCUCAACGGGGCUCGCUCAACGGGGCUCGCUCAACGGGGCUCGCUCAACGGGGCUCGCUCAACGGGGCUCGCUCAACGGGGCUCGCUCAACGGGGCUCCCUCAACGGGGCUCCCUCAACGGGGCUCCCUCAACGGGGCUCCCUCAACGGGGCUCGCUCAACGGGGCUCGCUCAACGGGGCUCGCUCAACGGGGCUCCCUCAACCGACCUCCCUCAACGGGGCCCCCUCAACGGGGCUCGCUCAACGGGGCUCGCUCAACGGGGCUCGCUCAACGGGGCUCGCUCAACGGGGCUCGCUCAACGGGGCUCCCUCAACGGGGCUCGCUCAACGGGGCUCCCUCAACGGGGCUCCCUCAACGGGGCUCCCUCAACGGGGCUCCCUCAACGGGGCUCCCUCAACGGGGCUCCCUCAACGGGGCUCGCUCAACGGGGCUCCCUCAACGGGGCUCCCUCAACGGGGCUCCCUCAACGGGGCUCCCUCAACGGGGCUCGCUCAACGGGGCUCCCUCAACGGGGCUCGCUCAACGGGGCUCGCUCAACGGGGCUCGCUCAACGGGGCUCGCUCAACGGGGCUCCCUCAACGGGGCUCCCUCAACGGGGCUCCCUCAACGGGGCUCCCUCAAGGGUUCUGGUACACAUUGGCUCGAGCUUCACUGUACCUAA